AUGUCCCAAGGAUAUGUUAGACAAUGUGUUUUUUUCAAUGGACUUCCGGGAUCCUGUCGUUACAAUGAACGUUGUGCUUUUUCACAUGAUCUCACCAUUCACAUCAACUCAAAAUUCAAAUAUGUAGCGCCAAACAUUAGUCACACAAGAACAGUUGUUUCGGGAACUGAUCCGAAAAUAAUUAAGGAACAGACAACUACUGAGCAAUACCCCGAGCAGACAGAACAGAAAGAAGUGAAAACGAUGUAUGACACAUACAGCACAGGCUCAGAACUGCAACCUUUAGACAGAGAAGCAUACUUGUCCAAGAAGUUCACAUUGGGUCGUAUUCCCUUUUUACCGCCAACUUCUGAUCUCGCUUGA